AUGGGGCCCUUUUUCCUCUACAUUGGCGCGUUGCUGUUCGGUACUGUUGGUGCAGUCAACCACGGACCCCCCGAAUUUGGCUCUGGAUAUCGUCAGGGCGUGGAUUUCCUUCCUGGCAAGGACACAACUACCGCUUGGAGAACAGUUACGGAAACUGUUACUGUACCUGCCGCUGCUACUGAAGGCGCUUGCUCCUCUCCGCCGGAGUCUAAUCAAAGCCCCAGCUCGUCUGCCACGGAACCGCCCAGCCCUAGCCCGACAGGCAACAUGCCGCAUGUUGAUGGUUUUAAAUCUGUUGUAUACUUUGUCAAUUGGGCCAUCUAUGGGCGUAAUUACCAACCCCAAGAUCUCCCAGCAGCAAAGCUGACCCACGUUCUCUACGCAUUUGCCAAUGUUCACGGCGACACCGGAGAAGUCUACCUGACCGAUAACUAUGCUGAUACCGACAAGCACUACCCAACUGAUUCCUGGGAGGACGUGGGAAACAACGUCUAUGGCUGUGUCAAGCAACUUUUCUUGCUCAAAAAGCAGAAUCGAAAUCUGAAGGUCCUACUUUCCAUUGGUGGAUGGACCUAUUCUUCCAAUUUCCCCGGGGCCGCGAGUACAGCAGCUAACAGGGCCCACUUUGCGGACACUGCCACGAAGUUGAUGCUUGAUAUGGGAUUUGAUGGUCCGAAAAAUUUCCAGAAGCUCCGCCUCAAAGAAAUGACCCCUUAUCUGGAUUUCUACAAUUUAAUGGCAUACGACUACGCUGGAAGUUGGGACACAGUCGCUGGACAUCAAGCAAACCUCGAGGUUUCCAAAUCCGAUCCAGAAUCCACCCCCUAUUCCACCGAGGCAGCCUUAGACUAUUACAUUGGAGUUGGUGAAGUGCCAGCCUCCAAAAUGAUCUUGGGAAUGCCACUAUACGGACGUGAGUUCGCUGACACUGAUGGCCCUGGUACUCCCUUCACUGGAACUGGUGGUAGCGGCAGCUAUGAGCCAGGUAUUUGGGACUACAAAGUACUCCCGAAGGAGGGAGCAGAGGAGCACUUGGAAUUAGGUACCAACGGCGGUUGUGGUGCGUCAUGGAGCUAUGACAAAUCGUCUCGCUCGAUGAUUUCAUAUGAUACCGUGCCGAUGGUGGAGAAGAAGACGAAAUAUAUCAUUGAUAAGGGGCUUGGUGGCGGCAUGUGGUGGGAGGCAAGUGGUGACCGUGACCCCAGGACCGCAGAGAAGGCCAAAGGAAGCCUUAUUGGCACCUUCGUUGAAGGGGUUGGUGGGGGGUUGGAGAAACAUGAAAAUGCUCUGUCCUUCCCCGAGAGUCAGUAUGACAACCUGAAGGCUGGGUUUGGGGAGAAGUAG